CGGCGUUUUGUUUGGGGAGAGCCAGCGUUCGUGAUUGACAGGGCAAUCCGUCCAAUAAGCACAGUAUCGUGUAAUUUUUCACCGGCGUCUCUUAGCCAUUGACCAAUGGGAGGCGUCGUUGUGGUUUAGUCGUCGCCGUGACGUUGACGAACCGCAUUACCGCCCACCCCUUGCCCGUGGCGGAGGGACGCUAUAAAUAUGGAAGCAACUGCGUCUCUGCUAUACUCAGUAGUAAAAUUUAGUGGUAGGUGUACAGUAGUGCUAAGCUAGUAUUAGGAGGGGAUACCCCCCCGAAAAAAAUCUUUAUAUAUCUAUAACUCGGUCGCAAAAAAUUGCAGAAGUUCACACGGACUGGAAUACCUACUCAUAUUAAUAUAUUAAUACAUUUCAUUUGAAGAAAGUCUUUAUUUUCUGUUUGCACUAAGCCUAGAUAGCUUGCCGGUAAGCUACUUCAUAACUGAUGAGAAUAUUUUUAUUACCCUAAUGAACUGAAGCAUUUACCUGUGGGAAAGGCACUUAUUUGCAGCUAGGAUUUAAAUUUUUUUGCUUGGUGCCAACUGAAGAUACUUUUUUGUUUGGGAGGGGGGGUGUUUUUCAACAUUUUGGGAAACAAGCAGAAGGAAACCCUCACUCCUGUGCUCUGGCAGGGCUGUAGCUAUGCAGCUUGAAAUCCAAGUGGCUCUCAAUUUUAUAAUUUCGUAUUUGUACAACAAGCUCCCUCGGCGGCGAGUGAAUGUGUUUGGCGAAGAGCUGGAACGGCAGCUGAAGCAGAAGUACUGCGGCCACUGGUAUCCAGACAAGCCUUUCAAGGGCUCUGGCUUCCGAUGCAUUCAUGUGGGGGAGAAGGUGGACCCGGUCGUAGAGCUGGCGGCCAUGGAGAGUGGCCUCGACAUCCACGACGUUCGCAACAACCUGCCUCAGGACCUGAGCGUGUGGAUCGAUCCGUUUGAGGUAUCGUACCAGAUUGGGGAGAAGGGUCCCAUCAAGGUGCUCUUCAUAGAUGACUGCAACGAGAACGGCACUGAGCUGGACAGAGAGAUCAAGAGUAGUUUCAACCCUGACGCCCAGGUAUUCAUGCCCAUCAGUGAACCUGCGGGGCUCUCCCCGCCUUCCAGCUCUCCGUCACCCCCUAUUGGCCACUCUGCCGCCGUUAGCCCCUCCUUCGUGUCCCGUCCCUCCCAGCCCCUAACCUUCACCACUGCUGCGUUCGCGGCCACCAAGUUUGGCUCGACUAAAAUGAAGAGCAGUGGCCGCGGUGGCAAGGCUUCCCGCGCCUCGCCUACCAACCUGGGCUUGAAGCAGAAGCCCCCCCCGUCGACUGGGCCCCAGCUCUAUGGCCUGGGCCUGAGCAAGCCCUCCGCCCUGUCCCCCAACGCUAAGGAGUUCGUGCUGCCCAGCGCUCUGGGGCAGGUGAGCCCCAAAGCUGCCUUCCCCUCCGACGGGGCGCUGGGCCUUGGGCCCCUGCCGUACAGCGGCGCCUUUGACAUGUUUACGACAUACGGGAGCCUCAACGACAAGUCCCUGGUGGACGGGCUGAACUUCAGCCUGAACAACAUGCAGUAUUCCAACCAGCAAUUCCAGCCAGUCAUGGCGAAUUAGUGACAAACCUGCAAGUGAGAUAUUCAAUAAAAAGAAACAAACGAAAAAAGUUGUACGAUUAAUGCGCAUGAGCCGAGAGGAGGGUUGACUCCCUUUGCCUUUUUUCUUUUUUUAAUAAGCUUGUAGUACAAAAUGUUCAAGCUUGGUUACUUAAACCCAAUGUGUGUCGUAUUUUGCCAGCCAAGCACAACAUUUGAUUUUUAUUUUUUGUUUUUUUUUGUACUGACUGCUUUAAAAACAACAAAAAAAUGAAUCUCCAGGUUUUGACUUUGGCACUAUUAAGUGGUGUUUCUGCUCUUCUUUUUCUAAUGAUAAUUUAAUUUAGUACGAAGUUUGUAAAAUAUCAGAGUAUAUUGUUUCUACGACACUGUAUUGCAUUUCUAUCUUUUUACAACUUCAGUGAUGUGGGGCUGCGGCACAUUUUUUUAUUUUUUUUGUCUUCUUUCAGAAGUUGUGUUAAAGUCCAUCUUGGGAAACGACUGUUGACUAUGAAUGACAGUCGUCCCUAGUGGUGGAAUUAGAAUUUUUUUUUGUUUUUUUUUCCCCAAUUUUGCUAUCUCACAAAUAUAUAAAAAAAAAUCGAAUUGUAUAUAAAAUUUUGUACUACAUUGUGCAAUACUUGAUAAAACAGUAUAACAAAGUAUUUUGAGUGUCUUACAUGUUAAGAGGGACUGAUAGUUUAUUAAGUUUGUAUUAAAAUGCUUAAAUAUGCUUGUCUAUUUUUUUUAAAUUUCAUAUCUGCAUCUUGUCAUUUCUAAUAAAAACUAUCUACGAUGAAA